GAAGUUCUCAAAAGAAAGAAAAAAAAAGAGUCGAAGUAUGCAGCACGCACCCUAUUUUCGUUUUACUUUGUGCAAAUAAGCGAAGAAAUUGGCCAUUUUAUCAAGGCUGUUGAAAGUUGCCCCGCAGCGGGGUAGGCAGAGCAGUGACGCAUCGGCUCGAGUGAACCCAAAGCGAAUAAUCAAACGCAGCAGCAGCAGCAGCAGCAGCUCCCAGCUCCGCCUUUCGGAAGCGGAAACGCAAACCGCGUCAUCUGUCCCCUCUGCGCGUGUGUGUGUGUGUGAGUGUAUGUGCGCGCGCGAGGGUCCCCUCGCUUACACCUCUGCGCUACGUGCCUGUGUGUGUUUUCUUCGCUUCUUUUCCUCCACUUCGCAUCACAAAAUCCGUCGGAAUCCUUCCCGUCGUCGCACGAAUUUUCCCGUGCCCGCGUCCCGCCGCUGCUCUCUCCCUUGCAACGAAAAAGCGAGCGAGCGAAAAAGGCGCAGCAAUAAGGGAGUGCGAGCGAGCGAAUGGGCGCGCGCGAGAAAGUGAUGAACAUGUAUAUAAAUAUUCACGACGAGUGCACCCCUGACCCGGUUACCAAGUGAUAUGUGUGCCCAACGCAAAUGCCGUCUCGCUGGCUCCGGAUGCUUGUUCUUGGCUGUUGAGCGUGUGCGGUGGUGAAGUGUUUUUUUUGUUGUUUUGCUCUGGGCGAAAAAGAAUCGUCAUCAUCUUUCCCGCGAGUGUGCGUGCGUGCGUGCGUGCGUGUGUUUUGCAACGUGCUGGAGGGGCUGGAGCGGAACUUGCACACAAGCGCCUGUGUGGCCCAAGCGUGUGUGUAAAUACGACAGAACAGCAGCAGCAGUGGUUCGAUUGCUUUGCUUGUGUGUACGGUGGGGAGCGCUAGCAUAACGCACACACACACACAAACAAACACACGCUCGCCCGUGUGCGUUUGUGCGCCGCGAUAGCGUUUGUGCGAGGCCCCGUGUUACCUGCAAAGGGAGACCGAAGAAGAAGGUUCGUGUGUGUGUUAUGUUCCGGAAUAUGCCCGAAAGCAGCGCCAGAAUCGGUGCUGCGCCAAACGGCAGGGGACAGUGUGGUGAGGUGUGUUGAGGCUGUAUACGCGCAAUUAAAACAAUUUGUUAUUAAAAAAGACAAUCAAAAUGGCGGCCGCGCGCGGUGCUGCAAAUUCCGGAAUGGAUGUGUCCGAUCGGCAGCAGAAGGAUUAGCAUACGCGCUCUCUCGCAGCGAACCCCCGUGUGUGUGUGUGUUAGAUUGGUGAGUGGUUCCAGCGGGGUGAGCAGUGGUGGUGUGUUGCGGUGAAUACGUGUUUAUGCUGUGUGCCGUUCUAGUGUGCUGUGCCCGUGCCCGUGCCAUCCGUGUGUGGAAGUAAUUGGCGAGGAAAAUGCGUGAAAAUCCCGAUGACGUGAGCCCGCAAGUAUGGAAAGAGUGGAUCCUGGAGGCGAUCAGGCGCAUCCGGUUCCAGAAGCAGCGGCCUAGCAUACAGCGCAUCUGUCAGGCGAUCGGCAGCCACCACAAGUUCCACGAGGACAUCGUGGCGGAGAAGCUGGAGGAGGCGGUCGAGGCCGGCUCGGUGCUGAAGGUGUACAACAAGGGGCUGCACUCGUACAAGGCGCCCACCUCGACCCAGCGGCGCGUCAUCAACGUCACGAACGAGAGCAACCUGUCGCGGCAGGUGGCGAAAGCGGUCCGCGAUCUCGGCGAGUUCGAUGGGUCGUCGCAGAAGUCGAUCGAGAACUAUGUGCAGCAGACGAACAACCUGCACAUCGCGCCCGACACCGACUACAAGAGCGUGAUACGCAACGCGAUCCGGAUUGCGCUGGCGGAGGAGACGAUCAUGCAGGAGGGCCGGCUGUACAAACCGGGGCCGGUGUUCAAGCCGAUCACCAAGCGCAAAUCGACCUCGCCCAAAAAGCGGGGCAGCAGCAAGCAUUUAGACCGUUCCGCCGAGGGAAACAUGUGCGUGGUGUGCCAGGAGGCGGAAGGGAACGGGUCCGACGACGAGGGCGAACCGCUCACCAGCUGCAGCAGUUGCGGCGCGGGGCUGCACGACAGCUGCGCGAUUGGGCCGGGGCAGAGCAGCCGGGCGGUGACGCUGUCGCGCCUGCUGGAGAAGGGCAACAGCUGGCAUUGCGAGGAGUGCAAGGUGUGUGACGCCUGCUCGAACCAGGACGACGACGAGGACGGCGUGAAGGGUGUCUGUCUGCUCGACUGCUGGAGCUGCAAGAAGCAUUUCCACCUUUCCUGUCUCAGCCCGGCCCUGACGGAGAUGAAAAAGUGCAAAACCGCUUGGAGAUGCUCCGACUGCUUAAGCCAAUCCAGGGACAGUGAUAGGAAGUCCAGCAUCAUGCGCCCGGCAACCGGUGAAAAGAAGCGCAAAAGGUUGCUCACUGGCGACAAAGACCCCAAGGGAAGUUCGGAAGCUAUCAGUCUACCAGUACCUUACAAAAGUGCAUACGAUUCUACCAACGAGGAAGCGAUAGAAAAACAAACACUUCCGGAAGGUGUGACGCAGCAGGAUGCGGAGCUGUACAAGUACGUGCGUGAACAGUCGACCAAGAUCGUGGUCGGCGUGUCCAAGGCGCCCACCAUCGCCGCCCAUCACAAGCACAACAACAACAACAGCGAGCAGCGGGGCCGACACUUCUCCCCCGAUCGGGCGAGCCACCAACACCAGCACCAGGCGGCGAACAGCAGCAGUAUUCUACAGCAGUCGCCAUCGAAACUGAUGGCAGCGCAGGAUCGUUGUCCGGCGGCGAUAGAGUUUGGCAAGUACGCGAUCGAAACCUGGUACUCGAGCCCGUUCCCGCAGGAGUACGCGAGACUGCCGAAACUGUUUCUGUGCGAGUUCUGCCUGAAGUACACCAAGAGCAAGGCGGUACUGCAGCGACACCAGGACAAGUGUUCGUGGCGCAAUCCGCCGGGGACGGAGAUCUACCGCCACGACGGGGUGUCCGUGUUCGAGGUGGAUGGCAAUGCGAACAAAAUCUACUGCCAGAAUCUGUGCCUGCUGGCGAAGCUGUUCCUCGACCACAAGACGCUCUACUACGACGUGGAGCCGUUCCUGUUCUACGUGCUGACGCGCUACGACCGCAAGGGCUACCAUCUGGUCGGGUACUUCUCGAAGGAAAAGCACUGCCAGCAGAAGUACAACGUGUCGUGCAUUAUGACGAUGCCGCAGUACCAGCGGCAGGGGUACGGGCGGUUCCUGAUCGACUUCAGCUACCUGCUGAGCCGGGAGGAGGGCCAGCCGGGCACACCGGAGAAGCCGCUGUCCGAUCUGGGCCGGGUGUCCUACUACGCCUACUGGAAGUCGACCGUACUGAACUACCUGUACGAGCACCGGCGCCGGGCGGAGGAGGAGUCGGGCGGCGGUGGUGCCGGGUCGAAGCUGCUUCCCCUCUCGAUACAGCAGAUCUCGCAGGAAACGGGCAUGGUCGUGCCGGACAUUGUGCUGGCGCUGCAGCUGCUCUCCUUCAUCAAGUACCGCAAGAUCGACCGGGGCGGCGGCUUCAAGGUGUACCAGCCGCUGAUCUGCAUCGACUGGCGGCUGGUCGACCGGCAGCACGAGCGCAUGGUGCGGUCGCGGGCCCGCCUCGCGAUCGAGAAGGAGUGUCUGCGCUGGACGCCACUGUUUUUCUCCAGCACGGCCUCGUUCUCCGAGCUGGACGGUAGCAACAUACCGAUGGAGGCAACCGAAGCCGAUGACGAGCCGGCUGGGGGAAGCAGGAUAGGCGGUCCCGCCGUCAGCCCCAAGCCCGAGGAAGAAUCGGACCAGGAGAAGGAAGAGAAGGCGUCGCGGAAUGGGCCGCUCAAGAGCGGUGCAGCUUCACAACAACAGCCGCCGCCACCCCAUCGGAAGGCGGGAGGAGAAUCGGGCAGGAGGAAAAAACGCGGCCGCGAUGUGUCGCCGCCACCGGAGCCAAUCGCCAAUUCGCGCUUGGAAAGCGACCUCCCAGCGCGCAACAGAACGCAUUCGCUCAAGCUGGAAGAGCAGACGGAUGAAGAGGAGGUGGCGGCGGCAGCGGCGAUGCUAGCAGCACGCAACACUGCCACCGUGACGACGGGCGGCCGAAAGCGGGGCCGAGUGGCGCAGGACAAAGAGCCGACCAAGCCCGGAAGCGCCAGCAACACGUUCGAGCGGCUGCGCAAACGACGUCGGUUGGACUCGGAAGAAGCGGCAGCGGAGGAGAAACAGCAGCCGCCGUACGGCGGCAAUCUGCUGAAGGAUGCUUCGCCGCUAACGGGUCGAUCGGGUGGGCUUCGCCGAAAGCGGCUAAACUUGCGGCUUUCCGACUCGGAACCGGAGCCGGAGCCGGAAGCUGCCCCGCGCGUCAUCGAAGACAGAAGGACAAAGGCCGGUAAACUGGCAGCACGUGGAGACGCCGGUGAGCCGGUGAAUGGGGGCGUGUUUGGCCGUGGCCAGGCUGGCCGCGAUACUGCGCUGGAGCAACGCGCGUCACCGGCGGCAGCAGCCAAACGAACGGGCGCCACCGGGAUGCGAAACUCCAAACGGCUGGCCAGCAGUCCGGCGAAUACGGUCGAGAGCGAGGAACCGGCGGAGGAAGCACUGGCGGUGGCUGCCGAGAAGGCGAAAUCAUUUCGAAGCUCCUCAACGGCAGGCACGGUGAGGCAGAGGCAGAAUCACGCAUCGGCAGCUACGGCCGGCUACACGUUACCUUCCUCCUCCUCCUCGUCGUCGUCGAUCGCCGGACCUUCUACACAUUCCCCGACCAAGAAGGAAGCGGCUGCGGCGGCGGCAGCAGCAGCAGCAGCGGCAGCAGCAACAGCAACAGCAAGUGUUAACGCAACCAACUUGAACAGCAGCAAGUUACGCCAUAAAGCAUCACCUACAUCGGGCGUAGGGCGCCAUAAGAAACGCCAGGGCAAGAAAGCGAUCGUUCCCGUGGCGGACGCCAGUGAGGACUACUCGUCGGGAGAGGCGGACGAUGAAAUGGAGGAGGAAACGCGCAGUGCACCACCACUACCGCCACCAGCAUCGUCGGCUAGCAGCGUGGUUGCCAGCGUGGGCAAGAAGUCGCCCUCUAAAACACCACCGUUCAGUGCCGGCACGGGCGUGAACAACAGUGCGGCGGACACCGUACCGCCCAAGGUGUCACCGCGCGUUCCACCGCCGCCCUCGAGCCCGGAUGCAAAGGCAGCGAAGGGUGCCGCCGGCCCCAAGAGCAAGACAAUAAGCGAACAGCAACGACGUGUCAAGGAGGAGGAGCACUCAGAGCGCACUGCGACCAAUGCCGAUUCGUCGACGGGUGCUUUGGAGCGCACGGUGAACGCAAAGCAAAGCAACAGCGGCGAAGACGGCCACAGAACUCCACCCAUUGCGGCUGAAAGCACCGCCGGAGCGGCGGCACUGGACAAGGAGACGCCAAGUGUCGCAAGUUCGGCGCCAUCGGACGACAGCCGGCUGCAAGGCUGUGAAGCGAAGAGUGAAGCUGUUUCAGCAAACUCCAAAAAGGGCUCAGUGAAGCAAGAAUCCAGCCCUUCCGCGAACCGUUUAUCGGUGGAAGGUGGUCCGAGCUCCGUUAUCAGCAGAUCAACCGGAUCGGCCUCUGUGGUGGAGCAGGGCAAGGGUGAGCAAAAGGAAGGAGUAAUCCUGCAGGCGCCUCCUUCCUCGAAAGCUGGCACACCCGAGAAGAAGGAUGCCACCGGCUCGCCGAACAAAGAAUCCUACGCGAAAGCGUCCGAGCAGGCGAACAAAGAAGCGUCCAAGGGCGGCAGCAGCAGUAGUGGCGUUAUAAGCGAGCCCGCCUCGCCGCCGCUCGUGAACGGAGUAGUAGAGAUCAACGAGAAAAUCUCUGUGAUAACCGAAUCAAAAAACUGUCUAACGACCCAUCCGACGGUGGCGGACACUGCUGAGCCGUUGCCGGUAGCGGCGGCAGCAGACGGCGGCAGCAGCUCCAUCAACGGGCAGAUGCAGAGCCCGGAGAAGAAGACCGUCGGAACGGGCACGGACACUGCGCCUGCUAGUGCCGACGGUGGUCAGAUGAACGGUGUCCAGAGCUCGCCGAAAAUGCAGAAGAUGCUUGCAAGCGAUAGCGACAACAACAGUACAAAUCGAUCAGCGGUAGAUCGCGCUUCUAGUAGUGCCAAUAAUACGGCCAGUGUUUUGAAGAUUAACGAAAACUACGAUAAACACCAUCACAACCACCAGCAGCAACAACAUCACGCGGAUCCGCUCCGAAACCGGCCGAAGGUAAUUGUGGACGGUAUUACGAGCUGCUCGGGGGAAGCUAAAGCAAAGGAGGAACCGGCGCCCGAUGCGGUCAAAGCGUCGUCCGACGUGAUCCGGACGAGGGAAGAGCCCAAUGGUGUGCCCCCAGCUGCUCCUUUAAACCACGAGCCGGGCAGCAUCAAGCCGACGGCUGAAUCCGGUAUAAUUCAACAAACAUCCGCCAUCGUUCCGACGAGCAGCAGCAGCAGUAGUAGCAGCACUACCGGCACAACCGUCCACGAGAUGGCGAUGCACAAGAAAAAGUUCAUGAAAAGCAUGGAAAGCUCGACCGACAACGGCUCGAUUCAGCAGCAGCAGCAGCAGGUGGCGAAGCAGGCGGCAACAGCUAAUAAUGACCAACCGGAUCAAUCCGUCAUUAAGCAGAACGACGAGGUGGUGACCAGUACGAAGAUAGCGAGCUUUACCCACAGCAGCACCGCCAGUGCCAGCGUUCCUGGACCGUCCGCGCCAACCGAUAGCGCGACCGUGUCCGCCACCGUAGACAUAAAGAAGGAAAAAUCGCCCCCGAAGGUAAGCGGCUCGUCUACGGUCGCGCCCGUCCUCGCGUCCUCGGCAUCGAAGGGUGCAAAAAACGAAUCGCAUAAAUUGGCGCCGUCGCACAGCAACGGCAGUGGUGGUACGGCAAAGUGUACCGAAAGCACCACCGCUAGUGUCGCCACUGCUUCGUGCGCCACCGCCGUAGUGACAAGCGCCGCUAGCACGCAGCAAGCGCUAGCGGAAGCGGGAAAGCGAACCACGUCCGAACCAAACCACGCCGGCCUGGGCUAUGGGGCGGAACCAAAGACGGAAUCGAAGCGUGGAAAGGAUAAGUCGCACGCCGGCAGUGGUGGUGGUUCCUCGAGCAAUGUCGGCGCGAACGCUUCGGAAGAUGGUGGCCAGGGCGCGAGCGGUAAAACAAGCCGCAGCAACUCCUCGUCUUCAUCGUCCGCGAGCGACCACCAGCAGCCGCACGGUGGCAAACGGUCCGGCUCGACGUCGUCCACCAGUUCCUCGUCCGGUGCGAGCAGUGCGAAGGGAGGAGAGCACGCUUCCUCGUCCUCAGCCACUGCCGGAAUAAUGACGACGGCGGCGGCCACCGCCUCCACCGCCGCUUCCAAGCGCUCCGAAGCGAGUGCGCGCAAGGAAGCGAACAAGCAUAAUGCCGCUAAUGCGUAUGCCGGGCAGCAGCAGGGUACGGGUGGCAGCAGUAUUAACAACACCACCACCACGCUCAACAACCAUUGCAAAGUAGCUCAGGCAGACAAUCAUCAGCUUCAUCAGCAGAUGCAGCAGCAGCAGCAACAGCUGCCUCAGCAGCAGCCACAACACCAGCAGCAGCAGCCACAGCAGCAACAACAUCAACAGCCGCAUCUACAUCAGCAGCAGCAGCAGCAGCAGCAUGUUGCGCAACAUCAGCAACACCCGCAUCAGCAUCAUCAGCAGCAGCAACAUCAGCAGCAACAAGCCUCACAGCAUCAGCAACAGCAACAGCAGCAGCAACAACAGUACCAUAUGAACGCGAAAUCAUCAGCUACCAUGCCCCCGUUGCUGAUGGACGGCAGUGGUGGUGGUGGUGGUGGUGUGGGUAUUACCCCGCCACCCCAAUCCUCUGGUCCUUCGAUGCAAGGACCAGCGAGUGCGGCUCCGGGUGGUAUAAGCGGUACACCGAAUAACAUACCCGUAAGCUCUACGCCGCCAGUCGGCAAUGUGCACGGUGGCAGCAGCAUGAUGAUGCCGACCGGUCCCGGGAUGGGUUCGGCCGGUGGCGGCGGUGGUGGUGGAAGCACGCUGAUGGGCAUGAACAAUGCGCCUUCCUGCCGGACGGACAAACACGCGUCCAAGCACGCGAUGCACGAUCCGAAGACGACGAUCGAUCUGAACAAGAUGACGCCCCAGUUCCCGGGCAUCAACCAGCUGUCCAGCUACGCACCGGCCCAGUACUAUCCGAUCGAUCCGUACUACCACCAGGGCUACAAUCUGAUGCAUCUGGACACGGGCAGCCAGAAGUCGCCGAACAAGUUCCAUCUCGAUCUGGCCACCAGCAUGGCGUACGGCAGCUUCACCUCCAACCUGUACCCAUCGUUCCAGCACCAGGAGCAGCAGUACCAGCAGGUACCGCCCGCCCCGGCCACGCCCUCCUACCAGUCGAAGGAACGGGCGAACGUCAAGUCGGAACGCAAAGGUGCCAACGCCGGCAGUGGCGGCAGUACGCUCGAUCAAACGUCGUCCGGCACGUCCAGCUCCUCGUCCACCAAACACAGCAAGUCCGCUUCGAAGUCGGGAGCCUCGAACGCUGCUGCAGCCGCCGACGAUGGGAGCAAGUUUAAGGGCAACAAUGCAGCGGACGUCCAUCACCUAUCGCAACAUUCCUCUCAGCAGCAACAGCAGCAGCAGCAACAGCAGCAACAGCAGCAGCAGCAACAGCAGCAACAUCAACAGCAGCAACUCUGUCCCUCGCCGUACGAUACGGGUUUGCUGUGCGGUAAAGCGAACCAAUACCAUCAUCUCACCUCAGCGCAAGCCAUCCAGCAUUCCCAUCAACUAGCCCAGCAACACCACCAGCAGCAGCAGCAGCAGCAGCAACAGCAGCAUCAUCAGCAACACCAUCAGCAACAGCAGCAUCAUCAGCAUCAUCAGCAGCAACAACAGCAUCAGCAUCACUCGCAGCAGCAACACACCCAGCAGCAGCAGCACAAAUCCAUCCAGAAGGGUAAAAACGAGCCCAGCAGCAAGCUUAGCGACUCCUCCUGCAUGGUUGCCGCCGGUGCUGCGGCCAAGUCAUCGCCCGCCGUUACCGCAGAUCCGUGCCACGCCGCCGUGCAGCAGCAAACGAUGCAUCUGAUGGGCAGUGGGGCCGGUCCGAAGGCGGGCGGGUUCCCGGGCGGCGAGCCGGAUCUGCACGGCGACGGUGCAACCGGUGGUGGGCAGACGGACCUGAAGCAGCAGGGUACGCCCGGUCCGGGUGGGGACCAUUCGAUCGGCGUGUACACGCCGGAAUCGACGACCUCGAACUCGGUGCAGAGCCUGCACCAGUACGGCCAGUGCGACAUAGACGUCAGCCAGCUGGGGCUGGAAUCGCCCGCCAGCAUAGCGAGUGACGUGACGUCCCAGAACUCGGCGGACGCGAUCCGUCCGCCCAGCGUGGUGUCGCAGCACGGCGGCUCGAUCGGCGGCGGCCCCUACUCGGACUGUUCCGUGCAGCAGCAGCAGCAGCAGCAGCAGCUCCAGCAACAUCAACAGCAUCAGUCACAGAUGCACAUGACGAUGCAUACGCACGUGCCGGAAACGAGCCCACAGCAUCCCCCGCAGCAGAUGACAAUCAUAGCCAACAACAGUGGCGGCGGCGGCGGCGGCGGUGGCGCUAGCGGUAGCACUGGCUCCGGUAAUGGAGGCAGCGGUCGGGGUAAGCAGCAGCAUCCUUCGCAGCAACAUCUCGCCCAGCAGCAGCAGCAGCAGCAGCAGAUAGCGCACGGUGGAAACGGCAGCACGGGAGGGCGGCAACGGGCGUCCACGCCGAAGGUCAGCCGGAACACACCGACGCCGGGAGCGCAGCAGCGGCACCAGAGCCGCACGACACCGCCCGUGGUCAGCAACGUGAUUCAGCCGAUCGUGAGUCCCGGCCAUCAUCAGCAGCAGCACCAGCAGCAACAGCAACACCAGCAGCAGCAGCAGCAGCAGGCGGCAAUGCAAGCGGCCUCCCUGAAUCAACAGCAGCAGCAGCAGCACCAUCAGCAGCUGGCACUGCAGCAGCAGAUGCACCAAGCGUACGGCCAGUCGCUAAACCACCAGGCGCACAGCCAAAACAUGCACCAGGCGGCGGCCGGCGGGGGCUACCUGGGCGCGCAGCUCGGUCUGGCGGGUCAGGCACCGCCCUACCCGCAAUCGCCGACCUCCUACGGCAGCGUGAUUCAGCACCGCAUGUCCAACAACCACACCCCGGCCAGCCUGCACAGCCCGCACCAGCGGCUAGGGGCGUCGCCCGUCUCCUCAUGCGCCGUAUCAUCCUCCAACAACUUCUACGUGCAGCAGCAGCAGCAGCAGACCGGUGGAGUGACGCUCCCCGGUUCCCACACUCCCAUCCCGCAAGCUCCAACGCCCGCUCCCACGCCCACACCCACCCCGACACCGCAGCUCGAGCCGCAGUCCUGCCAGGGUGGUCCGCCCGGCGCGGCCGGACAGCUUCAGCAGCAGGGCCCGCAGCUGUCCUGCCUCUCGAAGCUGCAGCAGCUAACGACGAACGUGGACAUCUGCCAUUCUCCCGUUACGCCACCGCCGUCCGCCCACCAUGCACCCCAUCCGCACGGUGGGCCACCGGGUGGUGGUGGUGGGGGUGCAGGCGGAUCUGCCGGGGCCGGUUCCAACCCGUCCGCCAGUGCGCCGGGUGCCGGGGGCGGAGGUGGUGCCGGUGGUGGCCACAUGGUGGCGGCCCAGAACGUCGUCCGCAACAUAUCGACGCCGCCCGUCUCGAUCCAUUCGGCCCAGAUGUCCACGAUCAACUACCACAAGUACUACACCGGCAACAUGAACAUGCCGACGAUCGCACAGAACGCGGUGGCGGCGGCUGCCGCGGCCGGAGCGGCUCGCCGCAAUGCGGCGGCCGCCUCGUCCGCCCAGAUACAGCACAUGGCGGCGGCCGCGAACCGAUCCAGCAGCGUCAGCCCGAACGUGGCCAUCAGCACGAACCUGAUGUCGCCGUACGGGUCGCUGAACGGGUACCGGAUGACGACGGCCGGCCAGUCGCCGGGGACGGGCGGCUACAUCGGCAACCCGGCCGCCGGCUUCAUCCAGAACUCGGCCCAGCUCGGACCGGUGCAGAUGGGCGUGAUGAACAUGCCGUCCCAGUACCAGGACCCGAGUGCCAUCCAGCGCGCCCAGCAGAACUCGAUGUACUCCUCCUACUCCGCCUACCUGCCACCGAUGAGACGCUAGUAGUAGCAGUAGUAGUAGUGGUGAGGUGGCAAGCACGCGCAAAAACAAACAAACCUGACCGUGUCGUUUGAUUAGGUUAGCGAAAUGAGUUGUUUCGUUUCGUGUUUCGUCAGUUUUCAAACGAUGCUGAUGCGGAAUAAUGCGGGAGAUUCGGCUGCGCUCCUCGCUCCUCUUGAGGCUAAUUUGUAGGACUGCGGGGAAUGGAAGAACUAACAGAAAAAACCCAUGCUGAAACGCCUUAAAAAGUUACUCUUUCACGCAAUGCGUAUCGUUGCCGCCGAGAAGGUAAAAUCCCACACCAAGCCUCCUCCACUAUUAUUCGGUUUAAUGACUAUUGUACUAAGCCGUAAGUCCAAUGUUUUAUUCCACACACACACACAACACACAGACGCGCCUUCGUUCAGUCCGUUGUAUCCCGUUUUUGUUUUAAGUCUUUAAUACUGUAAAUGCACUCACGUACACACACUCUGUAUUGUUAGGGAAAAUAGAUGUUAGCGAGUAAACAUAAUGGAACAAGCAUUGGCUGCAGGAAGUGGUCAGCGAACAACAAAACACACCAGACCCACACACACACAAGCACUAAGGAUGGACGGGACGGGCGAACGCGGACGCGUCAAGUGUUUUAGGUACGCGCAUGUAAAGAUAUAUAGUUAAAGUUAAAGCAAGUAUCGACUAAAAAACAAACAAACAAACAAAAAACAGUAGCAUAGAACUUCAGCAAAACCGGCUUCAGUUUGGAAAACAACGGGGUGGGGAAAAGUGUGAGCAACAACACACGCAGCUUGUACAUUUUAUUAAGGGUUUCAUAUCUCGAUUAUCAAUUCGUGUUAGUAUUUUUUCACUAUUUUUUUUAAAUAUUCCUUACCUUUGGUUAUUUCUAUUUAGUUGUGUACCUCGAUAGGGAGAGAGCGACAGAGAGAGAGAGAACGAGCAAGGAAGAGAGCGAGAGAGAAGGUGAGCGAGAAAGGCUCGAAUUUAGUGCGCAUACUGUAGGGAUGGAAAUGGAUUUUAAACACGAACCGGGAUUACAGGCCGCGUCUCUAUUCUCGAUAACGUACAACGUCUCGCGUCUCUAGCUCCAGUGGUUAAGUUAAUGCUGUAGGAGGUAAGGGGGAGGUGGGGGGUGGGGGAGGGUACGUGCGGUCCGGCCACCGCGUCGCUGCCCGUUCAGUUCGGCAGUGCGCAAUGUGUUUUCCUCUCGAGGACGACGAGGUCCGUUUUUUGCUUCUCCCCUUUCCCUCCGGGGGUGGUUGCGCUUUAAGAUAUGUAAUGUAGAUAAGAAACAAACACCCAAGCUGUCGCGCUUCAAACGCCAUCGUGUGUGUGUGUUUCGUUUUUAUUAUUAGACGCAACAAUACACGCGGCGCCCCGCAACACAGAGAGCAGACAGCGGUUAAGUUAUGAAAUAUUAAGUGCGCGUGUUUAAGGUACGAAAUGGACAGCACAAACCUGGCGUUUAGUGAGUUCGUCGCGCGAAAUUGAGAUUGCACACACCCACACACAUCCCGCUAUGCAACACAUCAAACACACAUAUAAAUAUAUGGGAAAUUAGGCGAUCGCGCACGCUCGCUCGAGUUCCGAUGAUAUGCUCUAGGAGAUGUGAACUAUUACUGAAUUCUGUACACAAUACACACGAGCGCGCCAGUUGUUUGAAAAGUAUAAUAAACAAAACAAAAUCAAUCUACACAAGCAGCA